AGGUAUAUUCUUCCUGAAGAAAGGCCUAAGAACGUCACUGUAUUUUUUUUUCUUUUAAGGUCGGUGCUGUAUCAGGCCAUCUGUUGUAUGAGUUAAUGGCUUUCCUUAUUUUGAGGUGCAGCCAACCGAGUCAUCAGCCCCUAAAGACUUUGGCAUUUGUAAACCAUAGUUUAUUAACAAACUUUUCCUCACGAAUUUGUAUUUUGUUUUUUUUUUCCUCCCCGUUUUUUCCCCACUUACUUAAAUAACUGAGAUUCAGUACACGGCAGUUUUGCAGACAAAAGGGGCUUUGUCGUGUGGGAUUGUUUUUAUUUGUCAUGCAAAGAGGCUGACAGAGCUGAGGGCUCUGCUGCUGUGGCAGCCGUCCAUGGGCUGCUGCCCUGGGCUCCGCUCUUGCCUUGGUCCAACCCUUGAUAAACAGAAAAACCCCAAACUUUCUUGGUUUCUGCUAGGUGCUAGGCAAGCAGGCAUGUGCUUCCCUGUGAGCUCCAGCAUCUGAAAAAUAGUAGGUGUUAAAAGAUGAAUGCUGAAAUAGAAGUGUCAGAAAGAGUGUAUAAUUGCUUUUGUACAUACGCUGAGGAAAAUGCUUCAUUCUGGCCUUAAUACAGCAUCUCCUUUCCAAAUAAAAUUAGUUAUAGCUUUGACACAGACACUGUUUUACAAAAAAACCCCACAAGAACAAAAUUGUAUAUAAUCUGGUGAACAUACAUAGUCUUCUUGGCAGAAUUAUUUAACCUCUCUUGACUACAGCCUUAAAAAAAUUAUUGUACUUUUUUUUUCUUUUUGGUAGGAUUCUGCAAUUUGUGAUGCCCAAGACCCCAAGAAAACAUUUUGCUAAAAAAACAACCAAACAACAGAUUUGGAUUUUUUUAAAUCCUUUUGCAUGCAUUUACUCUUGAAUUGUGGCAUAAGAUGUCUGCAGUUAUUUGUGACAUAUAAGAAUUACAGGCACCCUUGAGAGGAGCAGAACUUACUCUUCCUUGCUAAAACCAUCUCUCUUGUUUCAGCAAACAAAGAGCACGCUGUAACUUUUCCCAUGCAAGAAGGUUGUAGAAACCUUUAUCCUCUGAUUUCCAUGUAUCGCAGGUUGUCCCUGCUCUGAUGAGCCGUCCUGUGGCAGCUCAGGAUGGGCUGCCCGGGUUGGGUCGUUUGGGGCAGUGCUGACUUGACCAGUUCCAGUGCUCUGCUCUUACAGUAUGUAUGACUAAUUGCCCCACUCUGAUUGUCAUGGUGGGUCUCCCAGCAAGAGGAAAAACCUACAUCUCGAAGAAGCUGACGCGCUAUUUAAAUUGGAUUGGAGUGCCUACAAAAGAGUUUAAUGUUGGUCAGUAUCGUCGAGAUUUGGUGAAAAAGUAUAAAUCUUUUGAAUUCUUCCUGCCUGACAACGAAGAAGGCUUGAAAAUCAGGAAACAGUGUGCCUUAGCAGCGCUGAAUGAUGUCCGGCAGUACCUCAGUGAAGAAAACGGGCACGUGGCUGUCUUUGAUGCUACAAACACAACUCGAGAGCGUAGAGAAACUAUUUACAAAUUUGGUGAAGAAAAUGGAUAUAAGACUUUUUUUGUUGAGUCUGUAUGCGUUGAUCCAGAGGUGAUUGCUGCAAACAUUGUGCAAGUGAAGCUGGGUAGUCCUGACUAUGUUGAUUGUAGUAAUGAUGAAGCGACAGAAGACUUCAUGAAAAGAAUAGAGUGCUAUAAGAACUCAUAUGAGACGUUAGAUGAAACUCUUGACAAGGAUCUUUCUUAUAUUAAAAUUAUGGAUGUCGGAAGAAGUUACCUUGUGAACAGAGUAAUGGAUCACAUCCAGAGCCGGAUCGUCUACUACCUCAUGAAUAUCCAUGUGACUCCUCGGUCAAUCUACCUCUGUCGGCAUGGAGAAAGUGAACUCAACCUGAAAGGGAGAAUAGGAGGAGAUCCCGGACUGUCUGUCAGGGGGAAAGAAUUUGCCAAAAGCUUGGCACAGUUUAUUAAUGAGCAAAAUAUCAAAGAUCUGAAAGUUUGGACCAGCCAGAUGAAAAGGACAAUUCAGACUGCUGAAGCCUUGGGAGUGCCUUAUGAGCAGUGGAAGGUUUUGAAUGAGAUAGAUGCAGGAGUGUGUGAAGAAAUGACAUAUGAAGAAAUACAGGAAAAUUAUCCACUUGAAUUUGCACUGAGAGACCAAGACAAAUACAGAUACAGAUACCCUAAAGGAGAGUCCUAUGAAGAUCUUGUUCAAAGACUGGAACCAGUAAUUAUGGAACUUGAAAGGCAGGAAAAUGUGCUUGUCAUAUGUCACCAAGCUGUCAUGCGCUGUUUGCUUGCAUACUUUCUAGACAAGCCUGCAGAACAACUGCCUUACCUGAAGUGCCCGCUGCAUACGGUCUUAAAGCUGACGCCGGUGGCUUAUGGAUGUAAAGUCGAAUCUAUAUUCCUGAAUGUCGAAGCUGUGAACACACACAGAGAUAAACCCGAGAAUGUAGACAUUUCCAGACCUCCUGAGGACGCUCUUGUAACAGUCCCUGCUCAUCACUGAAUCCCGUGUGCUGAUCAACUAUCGAACUUGGGAAUGUAGGCGUGGAUCGCUCACGAGAAGAAGCUUUGCGGACAGUCCCCAAUCACCUAUAGCUCCGGGUCGCAGCCCUUCCCAAGCGCCAGAGUGUCCAGGAGCAGCUCAGGUCCCGCAGAACGGAGCCAGCGUCACGUCAGACAUUUGGAAUGUGAUUUCAGCUUCUUUGGAGAAAACCCGCAGUUGUGGAUAACUCCCAGUGCCGAAAGGUAUCAGUAAAAAGAUUGACUGGACGCAGAGUAGAGUUGGUUUUAGCUUUUUUUAUAUGUAAAUUUGUGCAGUUUCAGUGGUUUUAAUUGUUCAUCUGUGGAUACUGCAAGAUGGUUAAUCACCCGUGUCAGUUUUACUGCCAGAUUUUAACUAGACUUUACUUCAAGUGUUUCUCUAAGUUCCUCCUACUUUUACUGUGAAUGAUUGCCCAGAGUUACAUGGAGAUGUUUUUUCCUGGCAUAUUUACCAUAUGUGAAAUUCUACAUUUUGAGCAUUGGAGGCUUCAUGUUGCAAAACUACUUUAGACAGGAAAGCCUGUCAGCUCUGAUAGCGCCUACGUUUUAAAUUGAGCUUUGGUUUGCCAACCACAACUUUGAAUUUCUCUGAAUUGGGGGAGACAUUGCCCUUGGAAAGUAGAACCAUUAGAGCUAGAUCGGCUACCUGAAAUAUUCUGCUGUUUCAGCAGGAUUGUGGCAUUUUCCAGGGCCCAGCUGUAUUUGGGAGGCCACAGCAGUGAGCUGUGAGUGUAGCUCGAGCAGGUCGUGCCUUCUGCAGUUCCAGGAGGGGAUGAGCAGCUUUUCUGAGACUGGAAGGGAGGGGAAAAGGGUUUAGAUUGUGAAGAGCUGGAGGAGCUGCUUGUCUUUAGUGCUGUGAUUUAUUUUUUAGGCAAUUUUUGGAAUGAAUUUCAACAUAAAGUAUAUGUUUCUCUUUUAUAGCCACAUUUAAAUACGUACAUCAGGAAACAGUACAGAAAGGUUAGGUGGAGUUUAACCCUUCUAACAGCUCAUGCCAGAAAAACACCAGGUAAAUUAUUUUUAACAUGGCACACGUGCCUUGGGGUUUUUUUGUGUUGUUAAGCAUCUUCCAACAUCCCAGUUCUUUGCUGCUCUUUCAUACCUUGUGAAACUCCAGUGCUAAAAAUGGAAUUUUCUAUGACAUAGGCCACGACCUUUUAACUGUACUAGGUGGGUGCGUAUUUUGUAUCGCUGUUACCGGACGGCAGAAGCGAGCGGCCAGUGCUGCUGCCGGCUUCGAGCUCUGAAAUGAGCCUGUUCUUUGGUAGCUGGACUGUGUGUUUUCUAAGGACUUCUGCUCUACUAAUUGAGCUUCUAUUACAUAUGUUGGUGGUUUUUUGUUUGUUUGUUUUGUUGGGGUUUUUUUGUUUUGUUUCUAAUUCCUGUGUGAAAUACUGGGCCCUUGUAAUGUAGUUUUGCAGGCCAAGGCUAAAUUGUCUUUUGUUUGUGCAGGGUUUAUUAAAUAACGUGCUGCUGUUGUGGUUUGUUUUAAUAAGCUAAUUUCAGCAAUAGACUCAGCUCUGGAAGUAAGCCAUACCGUAUCGCUGGCUCCGAUUCCGAGGAGGAACGCGUAGGGUACGGAAGGACCAGAAUCCCCUCUCUUCAAGCGCUGCUGUCUAAAGCUUUGUGUGUGCGGUCCCUGUGUUCGGUAACGCCCGUUUCAGAUCUUUAUUAACUCGGUCAUGUCUGUAGUCAUUGUGUGAGGAGAGACCACACAGUGCUGCUCAGAGAAGUUAAUUUAUUGACGCAGAGUUAACGCGGCCACCUUCGUGGCAGAAAUGUAGAAGUGAUUUCCCGUCCCGUUCGCUGUGUGCUCGGCGACCAGAGCCGGGCUGAGCUCCAGCAGCGCUCGCUCCCCAACCUUCACCAUCCAGCCGUGAGCAGCAGCAGUCAAACAGCUUUUCAAUUAAGAAAGUCAGAGUUUAUCUGUAGUUAGAGAAGGCAAAUCCUGGGAGACUGUAUUAGAAAAGCAGAGGUUUACCAGCAGACUGUGGUACUUGUAGAGCUUGGACCUGGGUGGAGGAACGUGGCAGGUAAGGUUUCCGUACCGAGAGCUGAGCCCCAGGGCUGCUGCUCCUCACGGUGUGAGGCAUCUCCCUCUCCUCCUUUCUUCCUUUUACCUCUCCCAACUUCCAGAGGUGCUGUACAAUUCCUUGAGGCUCAAUGUUUUAUGUAUAGUAGGUAUUUUUAUAGCCUGCUUUUGAAUAUACUGUGAUGAAUGUUUUAACAAGUCGAGUGUUUAGUAAAAAGAAUUGUAUACAAGUGUAAAUAAAUUGUUAUGCUGAUACUUGAAGAGAAAAAAGAAAUUGUCUGUUCUGCUUUAGGAAGGUACUGAAUCACUGAUGGCAUCGGCCCUUUCUAGCUGGCAAGAGCAAGUGCAGACAAGUGUAGAUUUGAAGCAAGUGAUGUGUUCUCCCUGGGGUGUAGCCACCUUUCUGGAAAGGCACUGUCAAGAAUUGCAGAUUUUUGUCACUGUCCAAAAGCUGUGUCCGUCCCCCACCCCCCCAUGGAACCGUCACUGACGGGGAGGUGACGCCCUCGUCCUGACCUUGUAUAUUUGUACCCAUGUUUAUUUUACUGCCUUUUGACUGUUAAUACACUUGCUAGCUCGGAUGCAGUCUAUCAAAUGGGAUUAAACUGUCUUUUCUUAACAUUGUUGGCCUUUGUCGUAAUCUUUCAGACAAAUGUAAUCAUUUGACCUUCAAGUAAUAAAGAUCAAAUGUUA